GUCGGACCUGAAGAAUUGUCUUUUUGAAUUAAAGCCUCUAACUUCCUUGGCCGAUGGACAUCACUGUAUCAUUGCCCAGUGGCCAGUCUAUGAGUCUGGAAGCUCUUUCUGGCAGCUCCAGAGUGGGUGAGCUGAAGUCUGCUGCCAGAGAAUAUUUUGGAGCUACUUUCUUACAACUGGUGCGAUCUGAUGGAAAGCAGCUUGAAGACACAGACCUGCUUGGAGAAAGCCUCGUGCAUGGCGACGUCGUAGCUGCCAUCAUCCAGGAGCCGAAGUUGGCGGCCACCGAUGGUGCAUUUGCUUUGUGGUCCAGCAGUGGCGUCAUCACUUGGGGUCAUGCGGAGGAGGGCGGUGACAGCAGCAAGGUGCAAGAUCAACUGAAAGCUGUGCAGGACAUCCAGGCCUCACGCUUGGCCUUCGCUGCCCUGUUGGACGGUGGGUCUGUGGUCACGUGGGGCGACCCGAAGGCAGGCGGUGACAGUACGGAGGUCCAAGAUGCACUGAAAUGUGUUCAACACAUCACCGCUGCCGCCCUGGGCGCUUUUGCUGCCAUAUUAUUUGAUGGAUCUGUCAUCACGUGGGGACGUAAGGAGAUGGGUGGGGACAGCAGCAGUGCACAGCAGCAACUGAAGCAAGUGCGACAAAUCCGAGCUUCUGCGGGGGCCUUUGCUGCAAUUUUAGCUGAUGGAUCAGUGGUGACGUGGGGCCAUCCCGUUUACGGAGCUGAUAGCCGAGGCGUCCGAGAUCAGCUGAUCGACGUGAAAGACAUCGAGGCGACGGGGUCGGCUUUCGCUGCCCUUUUGGCCAACGGAUCUGUGGUCACCUGGGGGCAAGCAGCUUCAGGAGGAGAUAGCAGCAGUGUUCAAGCUCAGCUUCAAGGUGUGCAAGAACUUCGAGCGACCCUCGGUGCCUUUGUUGCCAUCCUGGAGAGCAGCCGGAACCUGGUCGCGUGGGGAAUUCCAGAGCGAGGAGGCGCACCGCGCAACGAGGUGCAGGAGCUGAAGGAUGUGCAGGCUGGGCACCCACAGACCUGCACUCCAUGCUCGCGGGGAGAUUUACACCUCCAAACGCUCCUUCAUGGCGAUCUUGGCUGACCGCUCCGUGGUGGUUUGGGGACAUCCAGAAGAUGAAUCGAUGAGCGAUGGUGUCCAACUUCAGCAUGUGCAAAGGAUCCAGGCAUCGAGUCGCGCCUUUACAGCAGUGUUCUUGGAUGGAUCCAUGGUAUCUUGGGGCGAUCCAGCGGAUGGGGGGGACAGCACAGAAGUGCAAGAUCAGCUGGUGGAGAAGGUGCAUUUGAUCAAAGCUUCGCGGUUCGGGCACUCCUUUGCGGCCAUUUUGGCGAAUGGACGUCUGGUGACCUGGGGAAAUCCCCACCGCGGAGGUGACAGCGAAUCCGCGGAGCGCCACGGCGG